AUCGAAUACAGAUUUUUCUUUUGGAUGUGAAUGUCCAGCGGCAACAUUUGUGUUGAAUAAUUUACUUUAUUUGUGGUUUGAGGAGUGAGUGAGUGAGUGAUGUCUGAGUGUGGCUGUUCCGAGUCAGACCCUUCGUGUGGUUGUUGGUCGAGCAGCAGCAGCAGAUCUGUGGCCUCAACUGAACUGAAGCUGUACCGAGCAUUCAUCUUCUGUGUUCCCAUCUUCUUCACUCUCAUUCUCCUCUUUCUCUUCUAUCUCUUCUACCUCCGACCGCGAACUAGGCUCCAUUGGAUUUCACACUUUCGCCUUCCCAGCAACAACAACCGCAAUAAUGCCAUCUCCACAUUGGGUUUGGGCUUGAACAAAGAACUUAGAGAGAUGCUGCCCAUUAUUGUCUACAAGGAAAGCUUCUCCGUCAAAGAUACUCAAUGCUCAGUGUGCCUUUUGGACUACCAGGCAGAGGAUAGGCUGCAACAAAUACCUGCAUGUGGCCAUACAUUUCAUAUGAGCUGCAUUGAUCUUUGGCUUGCCACCCAUACCACCUGUCCUCUCUGCCGCUUCUCCCUACUAACCACUGCUAAAUCUUCAACGCAGGCAUCCGAUAUGCAGAACAAUGAAGAAACACAAGCCAUGGAAUUCUCUGAAUCAACAUCUCCUAGGGAUCUAGAAACCAAUGUCUUCCAAAAUGUCUCUGGAGAAGUUGCCAUCAGCACUCACUGCAUUGAUGUUGAAGGGCAAAAUGUGCAAAACAAUCAAUAGGAGCAUGAUGAUGCAAAACUCUUUCAGGUGUAUCAAGUUGAUAAUCAAUUCUACUAUCAAAAUGAUGAAAUCCAGAUAUAUUGACAAACUUAUCCCUUCCAACUCAGUUGAAUGAAGCCUCCAGAGUGUGCGCAGCAACUGCACAGAUUGAUACUUCGGCAAGAAAUGUCUUCAUUCGGGGAACUACAGCUUUGAUGGUACAUUUGAAUUGACUCAUCAUUAUUGUAACUUAUGGUACCCUGAAUGUGUCUUUUAAGCAUUCUAAUUUUGGUUAAUGUACCUAAGAUAGUUUACAUCACAAGUGAAAAGUAUUUUAUAUAUUGCUGGUUUUUCUUCUUUUUUUUCCUGCGUUUUUUCGUUAAAAAUGCAAAGGGUUUGGUUUUGGAUUUA